AUGGCUCCCUUGAACAAGCGCAUCAAGCUCGCACUGGAUCCUGCUCUCAUGCCUGCUCCUCGUCCUGCCUCCUUUGCAUAUGUUUCCUAUCUACUCGAGAAGCAUCCCUUGUUCUGCCCGGAGAUCGUCGCUCUUGUCUUCUCACACCUGCUCGACGACAAGUACACACUCGCCCAGGCCUCCGAGGUUUGUCGCACAUGGUGGCAGGAAGGUCACCACCACGUCUGGCGCAGUACGCAAAUCAAGGACCUGGUCUUCUUCGUCCAAAACGCCGAGCGUCGCAAGUACUACGCCAGCCUGGUCGAGGAGCUUGAAUUCGUCCCGGGAGAUACCAUUCCGGCUAGCGAAAGGUUGGAACAACAAUAUCUGCAAUUCUCGCGCCUUCAGUCUGUGGAGAUUGGCGAGUCGAACCUCGCAAGGGCACGCCCUAACAAUCUCAUGUCACCAUUCGUGCCUUCACUGCGAGAAUGGGGCUACGAGGACGGCGCGCUUCCGAGAGAGCACACCGCAGAGGCGGACCUUCGAGUCCUCCUCAACGCCCUACUUGCAGGCUGCCACACGCUCACCCAUCUCAAGUUCGAGACAGGCUGUAUCCUCCCCAACAACCAUUUGGUCAUCGACUUGCUGGACCGCGCAACCUCUCUCGAAAGCUUGUGGCUCGGCACCAUCACUGAGGAUCUGAUCGCCGAAUAUCCCNGCGACAGACGUCUUGGAAAGUGGCUCAACGAACCGCAUCUCACCUCUCUCAGUGUCCCACACGGGGUGGGAAUUUCAGAAAUCGACAUUGCGGUCUUCCUUGGCAGAAUGGGCAAGAGUUGGUCAAUUCCAUCCUUCCGCGGAUUUGCAAAAGUGUUCAUUCGCUCCGGAACUGCUGCGGCUCGCUUGUUAUCUCGCAUGCCAAUCUUGAACCUCCUCUGCCUCGGCCUCAACACUGUCUACGACGGUCUUGAUCAAGUCUUCGCGACUAUAACCACUCUCAAGAAUCUUGACAUUUUGGAAAUCGAGGUCGAUGAAGGUAGCGUGGAUUUUGACGGCGCUUGCCUGGUGCAGAUCUCUAAUCUGCAAAACCUCGAGAUCUUCGGUCUGGAAUUUCAGGAGCCUGGCACAAUCUCCAUUACCGGAUCACAGCUUGCAUACUUCCUAACCAACUUGCCCAAGCUCAAGAAGCUGUAUCUCUACCUAGGUAAGGUUGAGGUGGUCUGCUUGCCUGACGAGAAGACCGCUAUCGAAGCUGCUCUCCAAUAG